CUCACGCGUCCGCGCCAAGGUUGCCGACUAGAAGUUCCCCAAUUACUCGACGCCCGCAAACGCACGACACAAUGUGUGCUUGACUGUUCCACGAUACUCACGACGUGCACAAAACCUGACAGAUAUGUUGCACGCUACCAAUGGCUCGGCAAACGGCGCCACAAGCGGUGUGGCUACAAGGGGUGCGAACGGCGCGCAAGUCCCAAUCGGCGUGAAGAGCAAGGCAAAUGGAGAUGCGAAGACGGAUUACACAAGAUGGAGGCUGAGAGAUGAUAGAGGGUGUCAGACAUGGCAUUACCUACAGACUGAGGAGGAGGUGAAGGCCUGGCCACAGAGCGCAGCGGACAGGUACUUCCUAGGCAUGGAGACUGGCCUCCCAGAACUCCCCAACGCAAAGACACCGCUCGAAGCCGCCGAAAACGGCCUCUCUUUCUUCUCGAAGCUACAAUUACCGCCCGGCAACUGGGCCUGCGAGUAUGGCGGCCCUAUGUUUCUCCUCCCCGGACUGGUCAUCACAUGGUAUGUCACCGAGACACCGAUCCCUGCUGAACGCGCAAUCGAGAUUAAGAACUACCUAUUCGCACGAGCACACCCGGAAGAUGGCGGCUGGGGGCUACACAUUGAGGGCGAGAGCAGCGUCUUUGGCACAUCAAUGAACUAUACAGUGCUGCGAUUGCUUGGCGUGGACGCAGAAGAUCCCAGGAUGCAGAAGGCGCGUAGUACAUUGUGGAAGCUUGGUGGAGCCACACAGGGCCCGCACUGGGCGAAGUUCUGGCUGAGCGUGCUGGGAGUCAUGGAUUGGGAAAUCGUCAAUCCUGUUCCGCCAGAGCUGUGGCUGCUACCGGACUGGGUGCCUAUUUCACCAUGGCGCUGGUGGAUCCAUAUGCGCCAGGUCUUCCUGCCCAUGUCGUUUGUCUACUCCAGGAGGUGGUCGUAUCCUCUGAACGAUCUGACGCAACAACUUCGCUUGGAGCUUCUAACGAAACCAUACGAGACUAUCAACUUCGCCGCGCAUCGUAAUGACAUCUCGCCCAUGGAUGACUACCACCCUAAGACCUGGAUUUUGAAGAUAAUCUUCUGGCUCGUGGUUGUCAUCUGGAACCCAUACCUGAGGGCUGCGUGGUUGGUCGAGCGUGCUGAAAAGCACGUCUGGUGGUUGAUACAAGCAGAGGACAAGAAUACGGACUUCUCGAAUCUUGGGCCUGUCAACGGGCCCAUGAACGCCCUUGCUUGCUACGUCAAAGAAGGUCCUGAUAGUCACGGGUUCCAAGAGCACUUGAAGACUCUGCCCGAAUUUCUCUGGAUCAAGGACGAAGGCAUGCUCAUGAACGGCACGAACGGUGUACAGACCUGGGACACAGCAUUUACUGUUCUCGCAGCUGACUCUUGCGACUUUGUGCAACAGAAGAAGUAUCAACCGAUGUUUACCAAAGCUCUGGAGUUUCUCGAGGACCAGCAGAUGUUGGAAGAAGUCGACGACCAAGCGCUAUGCUAUCGCCAACAGCGCAAGGGUGCGUGGGGGUUCAGCACACGCAAACAAGGCUACACUGUCAGCGACUGCACGUCUGAAGGCCUCAAAGCCGUACUUAUCCUGCAGAAUGACCACCACUACCCAACCUUAAUUGAAGAGCGCAGACUCAAAGAUGCGAUUGAUGUCCUAUUGACAAUGCAAAACGCUUCCGGUGGUUGCGCCUCCUACGAACCGACUCGCGGCUCCAAAUUGCUUGAGCAUCUCAACGCCGCAGAAGUUUUCGGCAGCAUCAUGGUCGAGUACGACUACGUCGAGUGCACAACAGCUACCGUCACCGCUCUCCAGAUGUUCCAGAAACACUACCCAUCCUACCGCCGCGAUGAGAUCAUCGCAUUCCGCGAUCGCGCCGUCGACUAUAUCCGCUCCGCACAACGGCCAGACGGGUCAUGGUACGGCGCGUGGGGCAUAUGCUUCACCUAUGCGGCCAUGUUCGCCAUGGAAUCUCUCAAAAGCGUAGGUGAAACAUAUGAGAACUCUGAGCGCGUGCGCAAGGCAUGCAAGUUCUUCCUGGACCGCCAGAUGGAAGACGGCGGCUGGGGCGAGACAUACAAGUCCUGUGAGACGGGCAAGUACUGUCAGCAUGAGCAGAGCCAGGUCGUGCAGACUGCUUGGGUCGUGAUUGCGAUGCUCGAGGGAGAAUUUCCGGAUAAGGAGCCACUUAGGAGGGCGCUGAAGAUGAUCAUGGGUAGGCAGCAGAAGAAUGGAGAGUGGAAACAGGAGGCGAUUGAAGGGGUGUUUAAUAAGUCUUGCAUGAUCUCCUACCCGAACUACAAGUUCAUCUUCCCUAUCAAGGCGCUAGGCAUGUAUGCCAAGCGCUUUGGAAACGAGCCCUUAUAGAAAGUUGGCAUGAUGGAAGAAGGACAAACUUUACGAUAAUACUAAUGCGCAUUAUGCGACUUUCGACCCUGUCGAUCCUAUGUCUUCCAUUUCAGCGCACGCAACACCUCCACACAUCUUACCGUG